ACUGGGGAUCUGUUCAGCCUCCUCAUAUAUACCCUACCUAAACACCAUCACUCACAAUAAGGACUCUAGGUGUUGACAAUUUACUAUCAUUUAUACAUAUUUUAUAAUACCUUACUUCAUAAUGGGCGGAUUGACCAUUAUCAAACACGUCCGUGUCUUCGACGGCGAGUCUAUUCAUGGUCCCAAGACAGCAGUCAUCGAAGGGUCGCGCAUCGGCAAUGACGCGCUAGCCGAUGACCCGGACCCGUCCGCGGUGGAGGUAGUUGACGGAUCUGGCUGUACGCUGCUGCCUGGUCUGAUCGAUUGCCAUGUGCACAUCCUCGACGAAGCUCAGUUAGCUGCGUGUGCAUCUUAUGGUGUCACAACAGUCUGUGAUAUGGCAUGUGUGCCGCUAGAAAAAUAUGUUAAGCUGCGAGCUGCAAAGGGACCUACAACUUGGCUGAGCUCAAGUCUUCCUGCUUAUGAGGAAAACUCCAGACAUGGCAUGCUAUUCAAACUUGCCAGAGUCACUCCAGAUCACGCGGUCCACAACACCGAAGAAGCUGCUAAAUUCGUGCAAGAUCGAGUCGACGAAGAGGUCGAUUAUAUAAAGAUCAUUGCAGAUUUUCCGGGACACGAGCAAGCCGUUCUCGAUAGGAUCCAGGUCGAAGCGAAGAAGCAUGGAAAAAUGACGGUUGCCCAUACGGCCCAAUACCAUUCAUUUGAACGCGGUGUACAAGCAGACUUCGAUAUCUUAACUCACGUGCCUUCGGACAAAGCCCUCGACAAUGAUAUCAUUGGUAAAAUGGUGAGCCAGAAGACAGUCGCGGUACCAACCCUCACCAUGAUGCAAGUGAUGGCAGACAGCUGGGUUUUGUGGCUAGUUAGUUGGAUAUUGCCAUCGUUCGGCCGCAGGAAUUUCCAAGCGUCUCUGGACAGUGUGACGAUGAUGCGUGAUGCAGGCGUACCCAUCGUCGCAGGUACGGAUGCGAAUAAUAGCGGCAUCUUCUCAAUCGUGCCUGGAAAGUCGCUACACCACGAAUUAGAAUUGUUAGUCCGAGCCGGACUAACGCCCCUUGAAGCGUUGAGAUCAGCCACGUCUUUGGCGGCGCAGCACUUCAAUCUUCCUGACAGAGGGCGGAUCUCGCCAGGCUUGAGAGCUGAUCUAGCUCUUGUGGAGGGGAAUCCGGACGAAGAUAUUGCGGCGACAGCGAGAAUAUUAAAAGUCUGGAGCAACGGAGAGGAGGCCACGAUACCCGCGCAGAACCAGCGAGCCAGUUUAGGAAGUUGUGCUGUAAUGUAAUACAAUAGUAUGUACUAUGCACGUGUAAUACGAGCGCGCAAUCAACCUGCUGGGCGGAGUUCGGCCAAUGAUUGCGCAAAACCUCCUCUUCAAUGUAACAUCGUGGCUGAU